AUCGUGGAGGGGUUAUCUGCACAGUGAUUUCAAGGAUAAGUGCCGGUUCACACUGUGUACCCGCAAAUCCGAGCCAUUCCACGUGAUCCCGUGUCAAGCUGGUACCACACUAUGGCGUUUGAGGCGCGUCCUGAUUGCCCAAGCGUGACGGUAUCACCAGCGACCGUACGCCACCGGACUGAAGUCUGUCCGUCUUCCCCGCUCGAGAGAGUCAUUCGGGUCAUGAAUUGGGCUAUAUAAGAUGGCUAUCGGAAGCCUUAGUCCUCAAUCAACUGGUCUUUCAAGUUCACCGUCUUUGUCUCCCUCUAGUGCUCAGUGCAGUACCCAAUCAAGAUUAUCAACUCUCCGCUUUGUCCAAUAAUUCGAAUCACUCCUGUGAAAAUGGCCGACGAGUGGAAGGCCCCUCCCUUUGGAACCCCUUGCUGGAUGGCAAUUCCUGCCAAGGAUGUUGGUCGUGCAUCUGAAUUCUACGAUACCGUCUUUAAGCUUCCCUUCAAGGAACAAUCCGAUAGCUACCCCAAAGACAAGAUCCGACUGUUCGAUUUCAACCCUGCCCUAAACCUCACGGGUGGGAUCCUCGCCCCCGAUGACACUGGGAGCUUUACCACCGGAAAGGGUGGUGUCUGCCUGAACUGGUUCGUGGAAGAUGUCGAUGCUAUUGCCGAGGUCAUUGAGAAGGCUGGCGGUAAAAUGCUGAGCGAAAAGGUCAAAGAGGGCAAGAGUGGGCUCUACCGCUACUUUGAGGACACUGAGGGCACCGUGGGAGCUGUGUACCAACUAGUUUCCUCAUCCUGACUGGAUUCUACUAAAUGUCAACGCCAUUUUCUUUUCACAGAAAUAAGUACAAAACCAUACAAGAAUUUUAUCUCAUGAAUUAUGGGAAUGUCCUACAGGCUUGAGUGAAGCUCGUACCCUAGGUUCUGCAUAUUUAGUAACUUAAAUUGAUCGGUGCUCUCUC